CCCUUGCCCUUAACCUCGACAUCGUGACGGCGUGCAUGGUGCAGCCCAUCCCCGUGCUGGACCUUCUCCGGUCUUUCUUCAACUUCAACCGUGUCCCGGACGACCUUAGCGACGCUGAGAGGAUGAAGUUCAAGGGCAUUCUCAAGAAUCUGAAGGUGGCCGCACGGCCCAGCGGGCAGAGUCACAAGGUGUAUGACCUCACACACGAAGGGGCUGCUAAACUCAGGUUCAGCAACCGUCGCAACAAUGACGAGUCCCAGAGUGUGGCGGAGUACUACCUGCAGCACCACAGCAUCACUCUGCAAUUCCCGCACCUGCCCUGCAUCUCCGCCUCCAACAAGAUCAAGAGACCCUGCUGGAUUCCCAUGGAGCUUUGCACGGUGGUGGACGCGCAGAAGUACCUGCGCCAGCUGUCACCUCAGCAGGUGGCUGCCAUUGGCAACCUGCGCCUGAAACCCGACAAGCGCCGCGAGGACAUUGCCAGUGCGGUGGGUGCAGCUGGUCUGGUAAACAACCCUUCGCUUGAGGCCUUUGGCAUUCGCAUCCAGCCGCACAUGAUGCAGGCCAAUGGCAGGCAGCUGGAGGCACCUGUUCUGCAGUUCGGGCAGGGAUCCACGAUGCAGCCUCGGGACGGGCAGUGGAACAUGAAUCAGCAGCGCAUGUUUGAGCCGUCCACCAUCAAGACAUGGGCGGUGGUGUGCUUUGACUACCGCGUGCGAGACCCCAUGCAGGUGGCGGGUGCUCUCAGGGACUGCUGUGCCAGCAAAGGGCUGAUGAUCAAUUCCGCCCCGGAAGUGAUAAAGCAGGACACGCGGUCAGGACAACCGGAGCAGCUGGUGGAGAGGGUGAUCGACCGCCUCAAGGCCGUCAGGCCCGAGUUCAUUCUGUGGAUUCUGGACGUGCGCAAGACGAGCCUUCUCUAUGCGCCCAUCAAGAAGCUGUGUGAGACGCGCAUUGGGGUGCCCACGCAGUGCAUUGUGCAGCCGCCAGGGAAGGGCUUCAACGACCAGUACCUCACCAACGUGGCGUUGAAAAUGAACAUGAAGAUGAGGGGCGUCAAUUGGGUGCUGACGGACGCCAUCAAGAGGUCCAUGCGCCCUCUCAGCGAGAAGCCAACGAUGAUCUUUGGCCUGGACGUCUCGCACGGUGCUCCUGGCAGCAGAGCUCCAUCCGUGGCGGCUGCGGUUGCCUCGGUCGAUUCGAACGCCAGCAAGUACACUGUGAGGGUGCGCUCGCAGAGCAGGAGGCAGGAGACCAUUCUUGGCCUCUUCGACCCUGACAAGCCCACGGGCGGCAUGCUGUGUGAGCUCAUGAAUGACUUUGGCAACAUCAACAAGAUGGGGCCAAAACGAAUCAUCGUGUACAGGGACGGCAUCAGUGAGUCCCAGUUUGCAACGGUGGGAGCAGCAGAGCUGGACGCGUUUAGGAAGGCGUUUGAGUGGAUGGGCAAGAAGGUGGGCGACGCGGCCUUCCGCCCCUCAGUGACGUACAUCGUGGCUCAGAAGCGCAACAAUGUGCGCUUCCUGCCGGCCCAGGGGGACCGCAACGUGCAGCCAGGGACCAUAGUGGACAGGGAUGUGACACACCCUUUCUUCUUCGACUUUUACAUGGUCUCGCACAAGGGCCUCCUGGGCACCAGCCGGCCAGUGCACUACCAUGUGUUGCACGAUGAGAACGGGCUCACUGCGGAUGAGAUCCAGCAUCUCACGCACUCCCUCUGCUACAACUAUGGGAGGUGCACUCGAGCUGUCUCCACAGUGGCGCCUGUCUUCUACGCCCACCUGGCGGCCACCCACUGCCGCAACUACUUCGACCACGACUUCAGCGACCUCUCGUCCGAGUCCAGUGCUGGCCGCGACAGGGACCCUGCCGCUCCCCGCCCUCCCCCUCCGCCUGUGCCUCCACUGCCAGCCUUCGCUCGGGACAUGGCCACACGCAUGUUCUACUGCUGAAGCCACAAGAUUCCUCAGCUGACGUGCCUCAUCCCCUUACACCUCUCCUGAGCUGCUUCCUUCCAUGCACACGUGCAUGUUCUUCUGCUGAGUCCACGACACGAAUUGACUUCAGCCUCUCCCCAGUGGUUGCAUCUCGUGUUUCACUGUGGAACCUGCAAUUUGUGGCAACCCUCAUGCCUCCCUUCCUGCUGCUUGUGUGUUGUGGCCUUUGAUCUAGCUCUUCGGCUCCUGUAUGCUAGGCGUAUGGUAUGGUACCUUCACUAUGGCGCAUGUGUAGCAGCAUUGCUUUUGCUACUGGCAUGCCUCUUUGUUCCGUUAUCCCUCCAUCCCCCUGCCGUUAAAGGCGACUCCUUGUUGAUAAAUCGAAGCUAGAUACUAAGUCUCUCGGUGUGCUGUGUGGCUAUGUCCUUCUGUCACUCUUCAGAAUGUUGGAAUGGGUGCAAGCCCUCCUAACAUUCAGAACUUGUCAAACGUAUGUUUAUAUGUUAUUGUGGGCUAG